CAUUCCCCCAGGACGUCCGAUGGUGUCCGCUGCCAUGGCGACGCUGCUGCGCGGGUUUCUGCGCCCGCUCUGCGCCUUCCGAGGCAGUCCCGGCUCUUCUACAGGUGUUCCCCUCAGAGCCGUGAGCCAUGGCGCCGGCCUGCUCUACCCCGAACACAUCCCCACCUCCCCGCUGCAGAAGGUGCUGCUGGCCGCCGGCUCUGCCGGGAUGGCGCUCUACGAUCCCUAUCGCCACGACAUGGUUGCAGUUCUGGGAGAGACCACAGGACACCGUACCCUGAAGGUCCUCAGGGACCAGAUGAAGAAGGAUCCAGAGGGUGCCCAGAUCCUGCAGGAGCGUCCCCGGAUCUCGCUGUCCACCCUUGACAUGGGCAAGCUCCGGGGUCUUCCUGAGGGCUCCUUUGGCUGCGCGUAUCUCCGUUUCCUGGAUGUGAAUAGGGUCUCCCCAGACACCCGCGCACCCACCCGCUUCGUGGACGACGAGGAGCUGGCAUACGUGAUCCAGCGAUACCGGGAGAUCCACGACAUGCUCCACACCCUGCUGGGCAUGCCCACCAACAUCCUGGGAGAGAUCGUGGUGAAAUGGUUUGAGGCUGUCCAGACCGGCCUGCCCAUGUGCGUCCUGAGUGCACUCUUCGGACCGAUACAGCUUAGCACCCAGAGCCUGCAAUUGCUGAUCUCGGAGCUGAUCCCAUGGGCAGUUGAGAAUGGCCGCAGAGCCCCAUGUGUCCUCAACGUGUACUACGAGCGGCGCUGGGAACAGCCCCUGCAGGCUCUGCGGCAGGAGCUGGGCAUCACGGAGCCGCCCCUGCGUGUGGAGGGCCUGGUGUAGGCCCUGAGCGCCUGCGGCCCCGCCCCACCCCCCUCUUCUGCCGGGAGUGGAGCACGCCUCUGCCAGCACCUGGCUUCCUCCUCUGUGAACUCUGACCCUUGGACGUCACUCAUUAUAAUUUAUCAUGACUGCCGCGGAGCGGCUUCGAAGGCCACCCUGGGAGGGAGCAGCCAGUGGAGCCCCUGGGGAGCCGGGCGCGAACCCCAUGUGCUCAGGGAUUGCUCAGGUCCAUAGCCCAUGUGCCCGAGCCCUCCCUGCCUGCCAGUGAUCUCUGGGUGCCAGGCUGGGGGGUCUUCACGGGGGGAAGGGCUGCCCUUGAUUCCCAAGGCCUGACGAAGAGGGAGGCAGAGGGGCAGGCGGGUCUCUGCUGUCUGAAUAAAAGCUCCCAUCAGGUCCCGA